AUCGUAAAUUUGAUCCAAAUUGAUAGAAUUUGAAAAACAAAAAAUGCUAAAAAAAAUUUUUGCUAACAAAUUGUUUGCACCAAAAUUCAUAGAUCAAUUCAAUUUCCAAGUUUAGGAUAUAACACAUCAAAUAAAUACUGUUUAAUACAUUGUGUACCUAAAACGUGAAUCAAUUUACAAAUGAAUUCCACUUAACAAAUCAAAUUAUAGACUUGAGCCCUCUUAAAACUAGUACAAUUUGCAAAUAUCCUCGAAGGGAGAUCAAAGGACAAUUUCCGAAGAAAUUAUAUUCCUCAUAACAGAAUUCAAUUGAAUUAUGAUGUCCAAAACAUAGCCGCGUGAAUUUAUUAUUGGCACAUGAAUUUCAAAAAGAAUUCUUUGUCAAAUACAGAAUUUUAUUUCCAUUUGCAUUCUUGAGGGAAAGGAUGGCUCCCACAAAUUUCACAAAUAAUACGUAUUAUUGCUGCAAUAAUCCUUUUGUUAUAUUCAUUAAAAGUCUGAUUUAGUUUGUGCUUAAAUUAUCAACUUUUUUUGCUGUUUAAUUUCAUUAAACUAAAAAAUUUCAAUCGUCAAUUUUCUAAUUGAUUUUUGGAAUUUAGUUUGGUUUAGAUUCUUAAGGGAAGAGUUACCUUAGGUGCAACUACAUAAAAGGGGGUUUUUUCCUUGAUUAUUGCCCGAGUUCUCCCAUGCUGCAGAAACAUGUCGACUCUUCCUCUUCAUCUUCUCCGUGUGUUGAUUUACUUAAGCUGAGAUUGGGCUUAGUUCAUAGGUACCGAUUAAGUUUGCAGCUUGCCAGUUACCUCAGGGCGGCUCCCUCUCUCUCUCUCUCUCUCUCUCUCUCUUUGGCCAUGAGCGCAGCGCCUGCUUUCCCCGUUCCCCACAAGAAGCUGUCAGUCGAUGUCAAAGGGUUUAAAACAGAUGUAGUCAUAUGCAGCUAUGAUGAUCAUUUUCUUGUUAUUGCAACUCAAAUUGGAAGCAUGGGAACUAUACUACAAGCCAGGAAGGAGGAAGGGGUGUCAACUCAAGCAACAUUCAAUGUAUCUGUAAUAUUUGGAAAACGAGAUGAGCCGAUGCUGGUGGCAUGUGCUCGUCAGCUGAUUGAACACAUAAGCAACUCAGGCUCCUCAAGACCCUUGGUGCUAUCUCUUGGUCUGAAAGACCAUUCUAUGGAGACACUGAAAGGCAUUGCUUCUGUUGUAAUUGAGAAUCGCCUCUGGUAGCAAAACUUCAGGCUAUUGUAGCUUGGUUCUGAGAUACCUGUUUACAUUCCCAAAUCCUCAAGCUUGCAGCAUUUAAUGUUCUGUAGGAUAAAAGAACGUUGAUUCAAGCGGGCAGCACCUGUCGAUCUGCUUUUCUAUUUAAAGGAGAGAAAAUUGAUCAUUUGAUUAUGUACUAUGCUUUCUGUAAUUGUGUAGUUGCUGCUGCAACUUCAAUGAUGUAAUACCCACAAUUUGAAGCAGCAUUUUUGUCUGAACAAGGUUGGGAUGCCCAUGAUAAUGUUCGAAAUUAAACUUUUUUUAGAGGCGGCCCAAA